GUGCGAAGUGCGACGCAACAAGCAAGCGGUGGCUGCUGCGCGACUCUUUGCUCACAUUCUUUUUUUGUUGCGCUCAACCAAAGCAAAAUAAAAUUAUUGUUUGGUGCGAGUGUGCUCUGGCUGCGGCGGUUGGUCGUGUUUGUUUAAUCUAAUCAGAAGGCCCGUCUCAAAAACUAAGUCUUAAAUAUUUAAAAUUAAGUGUCGCCAACGCACUGCAUGCAGUUAUCCAUCGCUGCCGCUACCGCUGCCUCAGUUUCAGCCUCAGCCUCAGCUCGCCGCACUGCCAAUUGGAUCGCCGCUAAAAUAUUAUUAUUGCUAUUGCCGCCGCCGUAGUGUUUAGUUCAGAUUUAGUAACCGCACGGCGUAAGCGUCGCUGCUCCGCUCAAAUUGUAUUUUAAAUACAAAAAACGAAAACCAACAAGCUGCAGAAGCAGAAGCGCGUUUUAAUUUAACCAAUAAUUCAGUUGGAGUUCUGAUAAGUGGCCGAAUCGAAUCGAAACGGUGUGCAGCGAAAUAGAAAUCGAGGCGAAUUGCCUGCGUUGCGGCCAAUUGAUUUUUCACCAAAUACCAAAUAUUUUGGGUAGACGGCGCAUUCGCCCCACGACGAGAGCCGGCAAUUUACCCUCCCUACUCCCCACACCCACCCUCCCCUUUGCCAGAGGGACGGCCCUAACCUCAAAACAGCUGUUGCAUACCAGCGGCCAGCAAAACGUGUAAAGCAAAUCUUGGAGCAAUAACAACAACAACCAUAUCCAUAAUCAUCACAAUAUGGACAUCGAGACGCUUCGCAGUGAAUGGGAUGAACUCAAUCGCGAGUACACCGAGCUUGAGACGUGCAACAGACGCUACAUUGAGCUGCUGGAACAGCUGUAUCAACACCAGCAGAAAUGCUUCAACGAGAUCAAACAUCAGCGAUAUCGCAUGAAUCAAAUAACGGCCUCGAUGCGACAAUUUAAAGGGCCAGUUGGCGGCGAGGAGAAGGAGAAGAUCGAUGAUCUGCAGAAGAUGUCGCUGAAGCGGAAGGCUCAGCUGCAUGAAAUUGAGCAAUCGCUGCCAGCAAAAUCUGGUCGCUACCUGCAGAUUAUCCUGGGCGAUGUGAACGUCUCAAUUCUGAACAGAAACGACAAAGUUCGCUACAAAGAUGACUAUGAAAAGUUUAAAUUAAUACUCAACGUAAUUGGACUGAUAAUGGCGUUUUUCAAUUUGAUAUUCAACUACAGAGCCCUGGAGCUGGCCUUCAUAUUUCUGCUGGUGUGGUACUAUUGCACGCUGACCAUACGCGAGUCCAUACUGAAGGUGAAUGGCUCUCGGAUAAAGGGCUGGUGGCGUGCCCAUCAUUUCAUCUCAACGGUCGCUGCUGGUGUGCUCCUCGUCUGGCCCCAGGGCGAGCACUGGCAGCUCUUCCGCCUGCAGUUCAUGUACUUUAAUGUGUACAUCAGCAUUGUGCAGUAUUUGCAGUUUGGCUACCAGAAGGGACUCCUGUAUCGACUCAAGGCGCUGGGCGAGCGCCACAAUAUGGACAUUACCAUUGAGGGCUUUCAUUCGUGGAUGUGGCGCGGUUUGAGCUUCCUUUUGCCGUUCCUCUUCAUUGGGUACGCCUUUCAGGCCUACAACGCCUGGACGCUCUUCAAACUGGCAUAUUAUCCGCCAGAUGCCCCGUGGCAUGUGUCUGUCAUGUGCGGGCUCUUUCUGUUGCUCUUCUGCGGCAACAUUGCCACCACCAUGUGGGUGGUGCCCGAGAAAAUACGCGAGCGUGCCAAGGAGCGUUAUCGAUUGCAGAGCAUGGGCAAGUCCAUGAAGCUCAGCAAGGAGAUGAAGAACAGCGCCAGUGAUUUGGACAUAUCGGGCAACUCGCAGACUGCGACUGUGAUUGCGCCACCGCUCGUUGCAUCCACAGCGGCGGAAACGUCAACGUCAACGGCAACAGAGAAAAAGGCGAACUAAAGCAUUUCUGAGCAUUUCUAGUGCUCAGUCUAAUUGUCUAUUUCAUAUUGUUGUUGUUUUUUUUUUUUAUUUUCUGCUACUUAGUUUGCACACCUAUUUAUUCAUCUUGCUUUAAGCUGAAGUUUCGGCAACUUAUCUUUAUUAUUCCCUUUCGGUUUAUCGCACUCAUUGAUUUUUCCUCCAUAUUCUACUUUGAACAGCAACUUAGCCAAGGCAUUCAUUUAAUGUGGGAGGGGAACAAAUAGGAAAACAAAUGCUGUAAAUUUAUACUAUGUACAUUAUUUUUUUUUUUUUCAAUUCUUAGGUAUACGUAUAUAUAUAUAAACAUAUAUAUUAUAAUUAUUUUUUUUUGACUUGCUUGUAGAGAUAAUGCAAAGAAGAAACGUGAAAUGAAAUUGUAAAGUUUUGUGUGCAUGAGAAGCAAAUUGAUACUGAAUGAAAAGAAAUUGCACCACAACAAAAUAAACAGAGGCAAAAGAAAAGAAUUGAUUGCAAGAGAAGUAACAAACAAA